AUGUCUCAGUGUGUGUGGGAACUCCUAAGCAUCGAAAAAUCGUUUAUCACAAAAUAUGACAAGUGUGAAUCAGACACAACAUACUAUCCCUCCCGACAUUUUGAAUGUCACAAUGCCCAUAGCGCCGAUAUAAGAUCGGAAAAAAUAGACUACGAUUACGCAGAGGAUUUGUCUCAGCACUGCAAGAAGAAGAAUGAGAAGAACAAGCUAAAGUUUGAGAAAAUUAUGCACAAAUUUUUUAUUUCAGAUAUUUCCAAGUAUGUUAAGGCCUACGUGAAAAAGAAUGACAGCAACAUCCGGAGCGAAAUAGGCAUAACCUCCAGCAAAGGAACCAAUUCGGAAGAAGAAAGGAACUGGAUUAACAGCUACAUAUACAACUUCAUAAGCUACUGUCUCAUGACCUACAACGAUUGCAAGCACUACAUCGUUAUAACAAGCUGCAGUAAUUUGAUUCAGAAGUUGACGGGCACGGGAUACGGCUACUACGGUAUUUACUUCACGAACGGGAAAAAAAUAGGAGGGAUGGGCAAUCUGUUCAUCAAGAUAAAUCAAGUGAGGCACAUAAGUUACAGCAUCAUGAAGACACUACAGACAAGGCCGGCCUCGGACAGAUCCAUGUCAAACAAUGACGAAACAAGCAGCUUCACAUUUCCCCUUUAG